AGUUUUGUUUUCAGUUCUGAAGUUUGCUCGUUCCAAGUGCAUGCGGUCUGGCAAUGGUGUUUUCAUUUGAUGCCCCACGCUCUUCACGCAAGCCAGAAGAUCCGCUGCUUGGGAGACUUGUGAGCAAGCAUCCAUGCAUCUCGGGCAGCUCCGUGACAACGUGCCUAAGCUGUGUGAGAACCUCUUGCAAGCCCGAAAUUGACUUGCUGGAUCCUGAGCCAGAGCCCUCAUUUGAUGCAGAGCCUGGUGAUGAGCUGGAUUACCAAAGUGACAGCAUCAGCACCACGAGUUGGUUCACCAGCACCACAAGCUGGCUCUUCUCAGCAACAGCUGAGUCUGGGCCUACGAGGCCUACCCUGCUCAGAACCAAAUCAACGGAGCGCGGCAAGUGCAAGGACGAGAGCGCAGCCUUUUUGGCCGAAUUUCAACGGCGUCGAGCUUGUUUCAACCAGUCGACUCGCCAGUCGACCAUUCAAGCAGCUCCAAAGCAGACCUUGCCCAGCUGGCUCCACAAGGCUUUGAGUCUCCCAGAAGAUGAUCAUUGAGAUUCUGCAUAUAGCAGUAGUUUUUGCCAGGAUCUGACAUGGUAGCACCGGAUAUUCUCUUCUUUAGCAGUGCAUUCUCAACAGAGCUUGGGAAUGUGGGAGCCACAUCUUUCCAGCAUGAUUGGUGCCGGAAAGUCUUGUUCCAUUGGGGUUAAUGAUAUUCUUGCUGUCAAAGCAAAAGAGGGGUGGUCAAAUGACAACUGUAGUCUC